AUGUAUCUAUCAGACUCUUCAUAUCUAUCUCAGUCAAUCCCUAUCUAUCUAUCUCAAUCCAUAUCAAUCUAUCUCAGUCAAUACCUAUCUAUCUAUCUAUCUAUCUAUCUAUCUAUCUAUCUAUCUAUCUUAGUCAAUCCAUAUCAAUCUCAGUCAAUACCUAUCUAUCUAUCUAUCUAUCUAUCUCAGUCAAUCCAUAUCAAUCUCAGUCAAUCCAUAUCAAUCUAUCUAUCUAUCUAUCUAUCUAUCUCAGUCAAUCCAUAUCAAUCUCAGUCAAUACCUAUCUAUCUAUCUAUCUAUCUAUCUAUCUAUCUAUCUAUCUAUCUAUCUAUCUAUCUAUCUCAGUCAAUCCAUAUUAAUCUCAGUCUAUCUAUCUAUCUAUCUAUCUAUCUAUCUAUCUAUCUAUCUAUCUAUCAUAUCAAUCCAUAUCAAUCUAAUCAAUCACAUUUUCUAUCUAUCUAUCUAAACUAUCUAUCUAUCUAUCUAUCUAUCUCUCUAUCUAUCUAUCUAUCUCUAUCAAUCCAUAUCAAUCUCAGUCAAUAUCUAUCUAUCUGUCUAUCUAUCUCAAUCCAUAUUAAUCUCAGUCUAUAUCUAUCUAUCUAUCUAUCUAUCUAUCUAUCAUAG